UGUGUCGUUCAUGCUCUCUCCGCAAGGGCGCACAACGAUCGCAAUAUGGCUCCACAAAAACACAACGAUUGAUGCUAGUAAUGCUCAAGUCGUACAACAUUUUGACGGAAGUGGCAGCAGUCUUACGUCUAACUUCGAUUACGAGAGAAUCUACAGACCAAAUGGAUCCCUCGCAAGAACAUUAUACCUGAAAUAUCUACAGGACGAGAAGCUGCAAAGAAUGGACAAGAGACAGUGGUACCAGUGCGGCCAGCUGGCGGAGCACGCGCAGCGGACGUUCCAGGAGCAGUCCGUGGACGAGGAGACGGCGCACUUCCUCCAGCAGGCGUCGCACAAGUCCGACUGGGUCUUCACGCAGCUCUGGCACUCGCUCGCGCGCUCCAUACUCAGCAUCUUCAUGUCGCAGACCUCCAUCAACGGGCUGCUGGGCCGCGGCUCGAUGUUCGUGGUGUCGCGGCGGCAGCUCGAGCGGCUGGUGGGCGACGCCGGUCCCUCGCUGUGGGGCGGCGUGCUGCUCGACCUGGGCGCCGGCGACGGCCGCGCCACCAGCGCCAUCGCCUCGCUCUUCUCGCAGGUCUACGUCACCGAGGUCUCCGUGCCCAUGCGCUGGAUACUCGCCAGGAGGGGCUACCAGCUGGUGGAGCCGGACGAGUGGCCGUACCUGGAGUUGCGGCCACACGUGAUCAGCGCGCUGAACCUGCUGGACCGCUGCGACCGUCCGCUGACGCUGCUGCGGCAGCUGCGAGAGACACUCAGGCCAGGGGGGCGCGCCCUGGUCGCGCUCGUGCUGCCCUACCACCACUACGUCGAGACAGGUGGACAAGCAGAUCAUCGUCCAACUGAAUGGUUACCGAUCAAAGGAGAAACAUUUGAGGAGCAGGCGGCAUCAGCCAUUGUUGACUUAUUUGAACCAGCAGGCUUUCAUGUUGAACGAUGGUGCAGACUACCAUAUUUGUGUGAAGGAGAUCUCAAUCAGGCAUUUUACUGGCUAGAUGAUGCACUUUUUGUUCUUAGUGUAUCCAACAGCUGAUCAGAAAGUAACUUAUGUGCAAAGGUGUUAUUUAUAUUGUGUCUUCUUUAAGUGCAUUGGAAACCUGCUCAGCAAUAAUAAAAACUUAAAACAUUCCAAUCAAUGGUAUAUACAGUGCCUUUAGCAGUAAAUACCACAGCCAGGAAUAAAUUCAACUGUGUUCAUAAAACUCAAUGUCCUGAAGGUAUUACAUCACUUCCAUUGUUCCCUUAGGUGUAAUUUUACAUAUCUGAUAGUUAAAAUCAACUAAAAGAAUCAGUAUAUUAUUGAUACAUCACAUACAAAAUGAAAGGCAUGUUUUACAGAUGCUCUUUUGUUAUUUACAUACAUGUAUGAAAUAACUUGCUGUAAAUAAAUAUGAAAUACAUUCAGA